AUGAAUAAUUAUUACAUUGAAAUACUCCACAAUUUUGCUAAGGGCAGGUCAAUACCUAUCGAUUUCAUUAAAAAUUUAAAUAAAGACCCUUCCAAUUUAUACGAACUGUUUUAGAUGUUUGCUCAAAUGUUUGAGGAAUAUCCAGAAAGUCCUGAUCUUAUUAUCCUAACCAUUUCAUUGUCUUAAGAUGUUCCUACUUUUUAUUGUGUGCAAUCAUUAAAUAAUUUAACAGUCCUGCUUUUCCAAGCUCAUAUGAUAGACUUGGCAAAGAAGGUAGCAAAAUUUAACCUGAAAUACUUUGAAUAAGAUAUCCCAUAACUACAUAUGAUCUCACAUCUAAACUUAUCCAGGAUUUAUUAUUUCUUGUAAGAUUUCAAAAAAUGUCUUUCCAUCACAGAAAAGGCCUUAGUGAAUUACGAACCGUAUGUAUGGCUUUACUUUUUAAUUAGAUCAGAUUUUCAAGGAAAUAAAAAAUUCAUGCAGACCUAGAGAUAUUGUUCUUCUUCUAAAUGGGUUCUUGGAUUUUGUUAAGAUUUAGAUUUUUAAUAAUUUUUUAUAAAUGGAGCCAAACUUGGUCGUAAGUAUUUUGGACCAUAACAUCAAAUUACUAAGUUAUUUUUAUUUAGUGAAAGAGGUUCUAAUUUGAAAAAAAGCAUCAAUAACUAUAUUCCCAUGAAAAAACCUAUGGGCAAAAUAUUGAACUCAUCAAAAGUUUGUUUUUAAGUUCAUCAAUUACUCAAAACCUUAAAGAGUGGAAAAACAGCCCUUUUUUAAAAUCCAAGAUUUAUUGAGAGAUCCAUUAGUGAAGCCUAAGGAUUUAAGUCUUUUAAGCGUCCUGAUUCUGUGAAACCACAAUCAUAUAGACAUGAUCUAAACUAAUAGCAAAAAAUAUAAUAGACGAAUAUUCAUAAAGGAAGUUUUCGUAUACAAUCACCAAAAUUAGUUUAAAGCUAGCCAGUAUAAUCUUAAAAUGAUAUUGAAUAAAUUAUAUAAAGAAAAAUAGAUACAUUUAUGAAAUCUUAAGGUUAGAAAAAAUAAGAACCAAAAAUAGUUGAAUUAGAAAAAAAAAUUGAUGAACUAACAAAGGAGAAUAAAAGAAUUCAAAAUUAAAGGAAAGAGAGAGAGGUAGAGAUUGAAGAAUUAAAAGAUAAGAUUACUUAGUUAAGUGCUGAGGCUUUAAAAAUAAAAUUCCGAUUAUAGGAAUAAGAGACAGCUCAAGAAAAGAUGAAAUUGCUACAAUAAUAAUAAUAACAAUAACAAAUUCUAUAAUAACAAUAAUAACAAUAAUAACAAUAAUAACAAUAAUAAUAAUAAUAAUAAUAGUAAUAGUAAUAAUAAUAAUAAUAAUAAUAAUAAUUGUAAAAUUCUUAAAUUUCAACAUAAUAACACUAAAGUUCUGAAUUUUAGCCUGGAAUAAUGUAAGAAAGAAUGAGCUUUGGUGUUGCUUCAAACCAAUCUUAAAAGAUUCAAAGUUUAUAAAUUAGGAAAUAAGAGAGAUAAAGUACUAUUGAUAUUCAUAACUUAAUUAAUGGAUUAGUUGACACCGAUGAACCGAAAAUAAAUAGUAUAUCUAUGAUAAAUGACACAGAUUUUACAAUAGAUUUGAAUUUAACAAUUUUAGAUUAGAUGGAUUAAUCAAAAUAAUACAAUAUAAAUUUAACUACGGAUUAAACAAUUGUGAAAAAAGCACUAAUUGACAAUGUUUUAUAUGAAAUAUCUUGUGGUGUUGUGUAGAAGAAUAAAGAAUUGUCAAUUAAGAUUUCAAUCAAUUCUAAAUAAGAACAUUCAACUGCUAAAAUUGAAUAUGUUGAACUAUCUAUUAUAAAGGACUUAAUUUAAUUCAUAGAUUAUAAGAAUGUCUUGCCUUACACUUAAUAGCUGAAAUGUAUUACUACUUUUAAGUAGUUUAUUUAAUAUUUGAUAAUUCCAUUCAUUUCAAUUAAAGAAGAAGAAGGAGAGCAAAAAAUAUCAAUAUAUGCAUAGCCAUAAAGUUUAUUAAAUGAUGGAGACAAGAUAUAAUUGUGUGAUGAAUAAUGCAUUCCAUAGUUGUAUCCUUUAGAGGAUGGAAUAUUUAGAUUGAUAUUAAACACAAUUGCAUUAGAUUUAUAGUUUGAUUAAAGUUCAUUAGAUUAAUUCUUUGAUAUAUAUGGUUAAGAUGAUUACGAAAGAGAGGAAGUUUAGGAAAUGAUUAGAAUUUAAGAGAACUUGGAAAAAUCUAAUGAUACUGUAAAACCAAAACAUAAAGUUUACAAUAUACGAAGUUACAUUGUUAAAAAUUAAUAAAAAUUGACUUAAUUUAUAUAGAAAUUAGUAAAUGAUUUAGAAGAGCUUUUAUAUAGAAUUUUUAAUGUUCAAAAAUUUCAAUAAAUCAAUAAAAUUUUGAGUGGUACCUAAAUAACAAUGCCAAAUAAAAGUUAGGCAAAAGUUUAGAUGUGCCUAAUAAAAAUAUGGGAUAAAAAUACUUUUUAAAGAAUUAUUUUUAUUGCAGAUAAUUCUAGAGAAUAAUGUUUUGAGUUAUUUUUGAGCAACACAUAUGAGACUUAUGGUCCAAGAUAAUCAAAAGUUAAAGCAAUGGGACAUACUUAAAUUUAGUAUGAUAAUGUAUGCCAGAAAUUAGGAUUAAAUGUUAGCAAUCUAGAUUAAGCUGAUUCUCUUCUGAUUUGUAAUAUUCUAUGCAACUGUUAUACAUUAUUGACCUUUACUAAAGAGUUGGAUGCAGACGAUCAAGAAAGAUUUAAAGAGAAUGCCAUUUUAUCAGUUGAUUUGUCAUGUGAAUGCAAUUGCAGAAUGUUUUUGAGUAAAUUUUAGAAUAAAAUUAGCAAACCAACACAGCAUGUAUAAAAUACCAUUCACAAUGUCUUAUUUGGGUAUACAAGAUAAACCUAUAGGCAUAAGAGUAUAGAUUUAUGA